UCAUUCGAGUAGUCCCAUCACUAGUUGCCACAGUAGUUAAGUUUUACACGCGGCACGCGGCUUCUUGAAAACAAAGAAAUAGGAAAGACAUUUUUAAACAUAAAAAGUGUACUUUUCCAAAGUAAACAGCAUUAAUCGUACACAUAUUAUUUUGCAAAUUAGUCGAUCGCAUUAAUUGUGGUGUACAUGUAUUGAUUUUUUUACUAGAAGCUAACCUAACUCUUCCACCACGUGUAUGACAAAUUUAACAAACAAUACUUCUCGGAUACAAUAAGGAACAAUCAAAUAUGGGUGACUUCAACAACUUGAAAAAUAACUGUGUAAAUAACAUAGAUCUUGAGGAUGGCUUAACAGCACAUCAAAUGAUUAAUGGAGGGAAUGGACUAACUUACAACGAUUUUAUCAUUCUUCCUGGCUACAUUGAUUUUCCCGCUGAUCAUGUUGAUCUUUCAAGCCAACUUACUAAGAAAAUUACCCUUAAAGCUCCCCUUGUUUCUUCCCCAAUGGAUACUGUAACAGAAGCAGAUAUGGCCAUCGCUAUGGCGCUUUGUGGAGGGAUAGGAAUAAUCCAUCACAACUGCUUACCCAGCUAUCAAGCUAAUGAAGUUCUUAAAGUAAAAAAGUACAAACAUGGCUUCAUUCAUGAUCCUGUUGUUCUCUGUCCGUCAAACACUGUUUCUGACGUACUUACCGUGAAAAAGGAGCACGGUUUUUGUGGAAUUCCCAUAACGGAAAAUGGCAAACUAGGCGGGAAAUUAGUAGGCAUCGUAACAAGUCGCGAUAUUGAUUUCCUCGAAGGCAAAAAUUAUGAGAAUAUAAAAUUAGAGAACAUUAUGACGAAGCUGGACGAUCUAGUCACGGCGCCAUCUGGAGUGACACUAACCGAUGCGAACCACAUAUUGGAGAAGAGUAAAAAAGGGAAACUACCCAUCAUAAACAACCAAGGAAGUCUCAUAGCUUUGAUGGCUCGCACCGAUUUGAAAAAAGCGAAAAGCUAUCCGAUCGCUUCUAAAGAUGAAAACAAGCAGUUGAUUGUAGGUGCAGCUCUGGGAACUCGGGAAGAGGAUAAGGCUAGACUGGCACUUCUAGUACAAGCUGGCGUCGAUGUCGUUAUUUUGGAUUCUUCACAGGGAAAUUCCAUUUAUCAAAUUCAAAUGAUUAAAUUUAUCAAGAGUCAUUAUCCAAAUCUGCAAGUCAUUGCAGGAAAUGUUGUGACUAAGAAACAAGCGAAGAAUCUCAUUGACGCGGGUGCAGAUGCCUUAAGGGUAGGGAUGGGUAGUGGAAGCAUUUGUAUCACCCAAGAAGUAAUGGCUGUAGGCCGUCCACAGGCUACAGCUGUAUACAAAGUUAGUGAAUAUGCUAAGGAUUAUGGUAUACCUGUUAUCGCGGAUGGCGGUAUUCAGUCAAUCGGACACAUCAUCAAAGCCCUCUCUCUAGGAGCUUCAACGGUUAUGAUGGGAUCCCUGUUAGCCGGUACUUCUGAAGCACCUGGAGAGUAUUUCUUUUCAGACGGUGUGAGACUUAAGAAAUACCGCGGAAUGGGUAGCAUAGAAGCCAUGGACCGUAAAGAUGCCAUGGGUUCUGCUAUGAAUAGAUAUUUCCAUAACGAGGUUGAUAAAUUAAAAGUAGCUCAAGGCGUCAGUGGCAGUAUUGUUGAUAAGGGUUCAGUAUUGAGGUUCGUUCCAUAUUUACAGUGUGGUAUUAGACAUGGUUGCCAAGAUAUUGGCACCAAAUCGUUGAAUGAGUUGAGAGAAAUGAUGUAUGAUGGGGAACUCCGCUUUGAGUUGAGAUCCCACUCGGCUCAAUUGGAGGGUAACGUCCACAGCUUAUUUUCAUAUGAGAAGAGAUUGUUUUAAUGUCCAUUCCUUUUCGUUCGAUGAAUUCUCAUCACGUAGAAUUGUUGUGUGUUCCUGUUAACUUUUAAGAUAAGUUAAUGUUUUACUAUUGCAUUUUAAGUAACUUAUGGCUUUCGUAGUAGUAAAUAAUUAUUGAAUGUGAUCCUCUGAAGACUAAAAAUUUUAAUUGAAAUUGGAAUAGCCAAGAUUUUCUUUUAGAUCCGAUAUUUUAUUAACCAGACCCCCGUUGCAAUCUCUUGAUUUAUAUAAUUUUAUUUCUAGACUAGGAUUAUAGUGUCAUGGUUAGGAUGUUGAAUAAAAUUAGUAUAUAAUUAGGGCAGAAUACCUGAGAGAUUCCCAAAACUGACCAAGCCAAUAUAAAUUUAUGACAGAUGUUACUAUUUUAUAAAAUUUUAGAUGUUUAUAUUGUGCUGUUAUAAGUCCUACCCUAUUGGUAUUAUUUGUAUACAUAACCCCUGAUUUGUUGGUUUUGAACAAAAUCUUACAAAGUGAUACAAAGGUAUAGGGAUAUUGAUGUUGUGCCACAUUUGUUAGUUUCCAAAUAUUUUUUAUAAUUGGUUUAUUACCUGUAUUUGCAUAUCAUUAAUAUAUGCAUUUGAAACAAA